CCCCUGCGUGCAGCGCACGCGCAGCAACCGCCUCGGGCCGCCAUUUUGUGCGGAGCCUCUACUCUGCAAAAGCGGGAGAGGGAUUAAAACCGCCGGAGGAGAAGGACGCAGUUUCUGUGCUUCGCCUCGCACCAGAGGAAGAACCGACCCCCGGGCUUUGCGUCGAAUCCGACCUGAGAACAAACGAGGAAAAGCAGGUGUUAUCCAUGGAAGGGGGACCGACAGAAGCUGUGGUGGAUGAGACAGGGGAUGCUUUCAAAGCCAAGGAAUGUAAGACCUAUCAACGGCGGCGAGAGGAUGAAGAGGUGGGUGCAGAGCUGCUGCAGGCUGCUGGUCUGGAAGCAGUAGAGCAGUCAUCAGCUGAAGGUGAUGCGACCACUGUGGUGGCUGAUGCUCAGCAGCAAUUGGUGGAGGGCGUGGUAAGCGUCAACAGCAGCGUGGAGAUGAUGGUGAUGGACUCUCUGGAUCCAGCAUUGCUUCAGAUGAAGACUGAGGUCAUGGAGGCUGGAGUGGGUGCCCCUGUGGGAGUGAGUGUAGCUGGGGCAGCACACGAGGCCACAGUUACAACCGUUGACGACACCCAGAUCAUCACCCUGCAGGUGGUAAACAUGGAGGAGCAGCAGCUGGGCUUGGGUGAGCUACAGUUGGUGCAAGUGCCUGUCUCAGCUGUUCCAGUCACUGCUGCCACCGUGGAGGAACUGCAGGGCACUCUGGUGGAUGCCACUGCAAUGCCCAAAGAUGGAGAACCAGUCAUCUGCCACACCCUUCCACUUCCUGAGGGCUUUCAGGUGGUGAAGGUGGGUGCUAAUGGAGAAGUGGAGACAGUGGAGCAAGAUGAGCUCCAGGCCCACGAGGAGCAGCCUCUGCAGCAGGAAGAAGAGGAGAUGCCUGAGGCCCAGACUGAUGAUCCUACCUGGGCCAAGGAUCCUGACUACACACCCCCUGUCAAGAAGCCCAAGAAGACGAAGAAAAGCAAACUGCGCUACAACACAGAGGGAGAGAAAGACAUGGAUGUGUCAGUUUAUGAUUUUGAAGAGGAGCAGCAGGAGGGUCUGCUCUCUGAAGUCAACGCUGAAAAGGUGGUGGGCAACAUGAAGCCUCCAAAACCGACAAAAAUCAAGAAGAAGGGUGUGAAGAAGACAUUCCAGUGCGAGCUGUGUAGCUACACUUGCCCACGGCGCUCUAAUCUUGAUCGCCAUAUGAAGAGCCACACAGAUGAGAGGCCUCAUAAAUGCCACCUGUGUGGCCGUGCCUUUAGGACAGUCACACUGCUGAGGAACCACCUCAACACCCACACAGGCACCAGACCACAUAAGUGUACUGAUUGUGACAUGGCCUUUGUGACCAGCGGCGAGCUGGUGCGACACCGUCGCUACAAGCACACGCAUGAAAAGCCUUUCAAGUGCUCCAUGUGUGACUAUGCUAGUGUGGAGGUGAGCAAACUGAAGAGGCACAUUCGCUCUCACACUGGGGAGCGUCCUUUCCAGUGCAGCCUUUGCAGCUAUGCCAGCAGAGACACCUACAAGCUGAAGAGGCACAUGAGAACUCAUUCAGGGGAGAAGCCCUAUGAGUGCUACAUCUGCCAUGCUCGUUUCACGCAGAGUGGCACCAUGAAGAUGCAUAUCCUGCAGAAACACACAGAGAAUGUGGCCAAGUUCCACUGUCCCCACUGUGACACAGUCAUCGCCCGUAAAAGUGACCUGGGCGUGCAUUUGCGCAAGCAGCAUUCCUACAUCGAACAGGGCAGGAAGUGCCGUUACUGUGAGGCUGUAUUUCAUGAGCGAUAUGCUCUGAUCCAGCACCAGAAGUCCCACAAGAAUGAGAAGCGCUUCAAGUGUGACCAGUGUGACUACGCCUGUCGACAGGAGCGACACAUGGUAAUGCACAAACGCACACACACUGGGGAGAAGCCAUAUGCCUGCAGCCACUGUGAGAAGACGUUCAGACAGAAGCAGCUCCUGGACAUGCACUUCCGACGUUAUCAUGACCCCAACUUCGUGCCCACCUCUUUUGUGUGCACAAAGUGCGGCAAGACCUUCACUCGCAGGAACACCAUGGCAAGGCAUGCUGAAAACUGUUCUGGACUAGAUACUGCAGAAGGAGAAAACGGCACUCCAACCAAGAGGGGCCGUGGUGGCCGAAAGAGGAAGAUGCGCUCCAGGAAGGAUGAUGAUGAUGACAGUGAUGAGCACGGAGACCCUGAUCUGGAUGACAUUGAUGAGGAAGAGGAGGAGGAGGAGGAAGAGGGUCUUGAGGAUAUGCAGAUGGAAGUAGAGCAAGCCCCACCCAGUGUCCCCAUCCCUGCUCCAGCUGAGCCACCCGUCAAGAGGAAGCGUGGCAGACCACCCAAAAAUCCCCCCAAGACUCCUCCUGCCAAGCCUGCAACCAUAACACCUGCUGCAACUGCCAUAAUCCAAGUGGAAGAUGAGGGCACAGGGGCCAUUGAGAACAUCAUAGUGAAAAAGGAGCAGGACGGUGUGGACUCAUCAGCGGCUGCUGUAGCAUCAUCAGGUCCUGUGGUGGAGGAGGUGGAGGCUGUAGAAGGUGGUGUGGAGACGGUGCAGCUAUCUGUCCCUGAGGCUGCGCCAAAUGGAGACCUCACCCCUGAGAUGAUUCUCAGCAUGAUGGACCGGUGAUGUGGACACGCAAAAACCCACACACGCCCACACACACAUGCAGACGUACAUGUCCCUAUUAUGCGGUCACCUCUCCGCCUCACAGAAGACCACUCCACUCCUUUCCAUGAUGUCUUCAUUAAGUUUCAGUCAACUUGAAUUAAGUUCAUUUUCCUUUCUGAUGCUUAAACUUCAUUAAUUUGUUUAUUUAGACUGAUCAAGCAGUGCAUGGAUUUUUUUUUUCUCUCUCUUCUGUCCACCUUCAUCCUUUUGGCUAAGUAGUCUAUUUGUCCUGCAUAUAACAUCUUGUGUGUGGCGGGGUUUGCAAAGAUGAUAAAUAUGGAGAGACUGAGCAGUUUGGUUCCCUAGAUUUAUGGUAGUGAACAACAUGCAUUUAGUCCCAUCCCCCCCCCCCCACCUGAUAUGCCAAUAUUCCUUCAACCUUUCAGUCUGUGACAUUACCAUGGCAAUAUUCAAAAGGAAAACUUUCUGUGCCUGGUCAAGCCUUGAUAUUUAGAAUUGCUAUCACUGCUGUAGAAAUGGGCAUUUUUACCCCAUCUGUUCCACAAAUAUCCUUUUUAAUGUCUGACAUAUACGACAACUUUUAUCGCUGUUGUAUUUCUCAUUUGCUUUCAUUGAUCAUAAUUAACAAUGGUAGAGAGAGAUUAGAAAUGUAGCCAUAUGAUUAUCUGGCCGGGGCGACAUGCAUCCAUCAAGUAUAAAAAAUUAAAAAAAUCCUGCAGUUGAUAACGUUGUACAAAACAAAGUUAAUCUUGGCUGGUCUUGCUUGUAAAUAAAUUUUUAUUAUCUGUUUUAUGAGCGUUUUAAUCUUUUUCUAGUGAAACGAUGACCUUGAAUGCUGGGGCAAUGACAUUUUAAAUAUUAGUCAUUUGGAAACAUGUCACCAAUGGCUUUUAAAUCUCCAAGGGGUGGGGAAAGGGGCAUAUCUAUAAAGAUCAUGUAGGCGAAAACAUCCCCUCACCUCUCCCCACCACCACCACCUUUUUUUUUUUUUUUUUUUCCCCCCUCUUGUUUUGUCCUACAGCUUGAAAUGCCACCUGUUUUUGGGUGUUAUCAGCGUGCUUUUCGGGGAAUAAAAGCUACUCCUUCACAAUCCGUCACUUAAGGAUAUGAGAGAGUGGGUUUAUAGGGUAUCUCUGUAGAACGUGCUCCCAUGUUGGUCUUGUGACUGUGUAAAAGGAGGAAAAGGGACAAAGAGUGAACAGCUUGUAAGCUCACACGCUACAUGAACACUUAAACCUGUAGUUCGGUGCAGGCCAGGUUGCUGAUGUGCAUGUGUUUAUCAGUGAUGCUGACCUAAAGCAAUGAGUGUUUUUGCUGUUCACUGUAGUUUUCUCACCAGUUUUGUCCAGACCAUAUGCAUUUCACACAGUUGGGGAUUGUGGUCUGAUGAAGCCAUUUUGAUGUUCUGCAAGAACUUUUGUUUGGUCAGACUAAUUUGUUUAGAAAAAAGUUUUUCAUUUAGAAAAAUGUCUUUGCUGAGGGUUUUUUUUUUCUGAUUCAGAAUGAUGUUUUUCCUCUGUAAUUGCAGUUCAAUUGCUUUCCUUUUUGUUAAGCUCUUAAUUUUAGGUUGAUGGCUUUUUUUUGUACUUAGCUGUAACUGUGUGAAUUUUACAAUGGUCAGAAAACCAACAUUAUAAAGACAUUAUAUUAUGGCAGGGUGGGGCAUUGAGGGCAUAUGAAAAGGUGGUGUGGAGAAUGUAUUGCUGUACAGCUAAUAAAAAAUAUUGUCCUAA